AUGAACUAUGAAAAAUCUGAGCACAGUUUCAAAUCGAAUACGGACCUCGAUUUUGCUCCACGACUCCGUAAUCUGAGGCAACAGGAACAGCGACGAUAUCCAUCGCUAAUCGAGCGAAACUUCACAGGACUGAGUGACGACACGGGUGGGGCAGUAGCAGCUGACGGUGGUGGCCGAGCUCUGACUGAUGAUCGUUCGGCACCAAACAGUCCUUCUCCAGCAACUGCCUUUCAGCCUUCUCCUCCGAAUCAUUCGACUUGCAGUUAUGAUGAUCCAUCACUGCUCACUGAACACUUCUUAUAG